AUGCCUACUCAUCUCAGUAAGACUAGGAAGCUCCGCGGCAACGUCUCUCACGGUCACGGCCGUAUCGGUAAGCACCGCAAGCAUCCCGGUGGUCGUGGUCUUGCCGGUGGUUUCCACCACCUGCGUACCAACUUUGACAAGUACCACCCUGGCUACUUUGGUAAGGUCGGUAUGCGCCACUACCACUUGAUGCGCAACCCCACGCACUGCCCCAUCAUCAACGUCGACAAGCUCUGGGCCCUUGUGCCUUUUGAGACUCGUCGGGGCUUGACUGCGGACGCCACUGAGGUUCCCGUCAUUGACACACUUGCUGCUGGUUACGGCAAGGUCCUCGCCAAGGGCCGCCUCCCUGACCUUCCGUGCAUUGUUAAGGCUCGCUGGGUCUCUGCGUCUGCCGAGAAGAAAAUCAAGGCUGCCGGUGGCGUUGUCAAGCUUGUUGCAUAA